UUUUAGUGACUUUGGUGGGACCAGGAAGUUCGUAGGCGUGUUGAAACGUACAACUGGUGCAAACAAACGGCGUGAUUGCACAUGCACGGUUGCCUAGCGGGUAGUAGGGUAGUACUGGGGUAGUAGUACAUGUGUGUGAGUUAUGAUCAUGUGGCUUUUACUUGAGGGUUACUUACUAGAGUCGUGAGGGUGAAACGUGGAACGUGCAAAAUUGCGUUCAGUCGAGUGCAUUUGGUUGAGAGCCGGCGUCGUCGUGUCAAGUUGGCGUGCGAGGAACUUCGUGGCAGGGCUGUGGUGGAUGCGUUGUCGUCCUCUAGUUAUUAGUUUUACUCGACAACAGUCCUUCCGCAUAGGUAUUUAAAAAUGGUGUUCGAUGUUAGGAGGUUUGACAUCUACCGCAAGAUCCCCAAAGACUUGACACAGCCUACAGUCACAGGAGCUGUGAUUUCGAUACUCAGCUGCUUCUUCAUCUCGAUCCUCUUCUUGUCCGAGUUCAUCUCCUACAUGUCCCCAGAGCUUGCUAGUGAGCUGUUUGUGGACAACCCGAGCAGUGCGGACAAAAUCCCUGUCUCUAUCAACAUAACCCUCCUCAAGCUAGACUGCAGCGCUGUGGGACUAGAUAUCCAAGAUGACAUGGGAAGGCACGAAGUGGGGUUUGUCGAAAACACUGAGAAAACGCCCGUCGGCGCUGGCUGCCGCUUCGAAGGCAAGUUCUACAUCCACAAGGUUCCUGGAAACUUCCACAUGUCUACACAUGCUGCAGCCAAGCAACCAGACAAGAUUGACAUGACUCACAUCAUUCAUGACCUCACGUUUGGGAAUAAAAUGGUCGAAGGUGUUCGAGGGAGCUUCAACUCCUUGGAUGAAAUGGACAAAUCGGAAGCCAACGGUCUGGAAUCCCACGACUAUGUGAUGAAGAUAGUUCCCACGGUGUUUGAGAAGUCCCCGUCGGAACGCAUUGAGUCAUACCAGUACACAUAUGCUUACAAGAGCUACGUCUCCAUCUCCCACUCGGGGCGCAUCAUGCCGGCCAUCUGGUUCCGCUACGACCUGACCCCCAUCACAGUCAAGUACACCCGGCGCAGUGUGCCCUUGUACAGCUUCCUCACUUCGGUAUGUGCCAUUGUGGGCGGAACCUUUACCGUCGCUGGCAUCGUCGACUCUCUUGUCUUCACGGCUUCGGAAAUCUUCAAGAAAUAUGAAAUGGGCAAGCUGAGCUAGGGCCCCAGAGUUUGCUCUACGUCACCGCCGCUGCUGCCACUACCCUCCUGACGCUGUGCUCUCCUGCCACCCUUCUGGAUAAAUGGCGUCCCUGCUUUCAUAACACUGCUGGGACAGUGCACCUGCGAGACUUUUCAAGCCCCACAAAGUGGUGCGAAACGCAGCAAGCACCCUCCAGGUCUUUGCAAGCAACGCCAUGCGAAGUGGUUCCUUCUCCUGAUAGCACACGUUUCUACCAAAGACCGUGGUAUGGCUUCGGCUCUGCAGAAGCCCUUAGCAUAUUUGGGAGCUUGUGGCAGAGUCAACUGAAGGAUAGUGGGCAGACCAGUGCACCCACGAGGCUGAUAGCCGGCAGAUAUUUUGUCCUCUCCAGAUUAACUGUUGGAGUAAGGGUGGAGUCGAAUUCUCAUCAUGAUUUUGUUGCGUCUUCCUUCCAAAACUAGGAUUAGUUAAAUCAUCAGUCAUGCAUAAGUGUGUUCCGAAGAACAGCAACAUCGUUUUGUACAAACUGUUUUGAAGCACAAAGCACCUUUGUUUCGUGCUGAUAAAAAAAAAAAAAAAAAAAAAACCUUUUUGUUUUUGAAGUUUUUCUGCGGUUUGUGCUACAGUAGGAUCUGCUUGAGUGGAACUCUUAUUAACGGAACUUUGCAAAUGUUUGGGUUUUGUUUCUUCGGGUUGCCUAAGGGGUCUUUUGUCUUCUGAUAUGUGGACCAAUUUUGCCUUGUCCCUUGAAGUUCAGCUGGGAGGUUCUACUGUAGUUUCGUUUUAUGUGUACAUGAGCAAUUUUAUACUUUGUGCAACUUCUGGUGGUCAUUUUAUUUUCCCAUCAUUUUAUGUGUGAGGAGAUGUGGCUCUUUUUUUCUAGCUUUCUGUGUAAAGUUGAAAAAUGAAUGGAAUGGGAUAGCACAAUUAUUGAGUUUGCUUCCAGCUGCGAUAGCUAUGAUUGCAUAAGCAGCACACUUGUUUGCUCUACAUUUUAACUUUAAAUUUAUUGAGUGAAUGAAGGCAGUUCUUGUUCUAUAGCAAGCAUUUUACUGGCUUGUUAAUGUUGUUUUUGAAAUUGUGUAUCAUAUCUAACAUCAGUAAUAAAAAAGUGCAUUUGGAA